AUGGCUGAAGGGUUUUUGCCAAUGGAUUCAAAAAGUAAAAAGAUGGAGGAAUUUGGAAAGGAAUACCUUGAAGAUCUCUUAUCAAGGUCAUUCUUUCAAUGUUCGAGUAAUAAGAAUGCAUCAUUUCUCCAAAUGCAUGACCUCGUGCAUGAUUUAGCCAUGCUUGUAUCAGAUGAUUUUUGCUUUAGGUUGGAUUUGAGUAGUGAUGUGCAUAGCCUUCCAACAAAGAUUCGUCAUCUGUCAUAUAGGAAAAGCUCUUACGACCUCGACAACCUUAAGGGUUUGAGUAAGGCUAUUUCUUUGCGUACCUUUCUAGCAUUACCAAUGCAGAUUCGAUUUCGAAACUAUUUAGUCCCGUACAAUAUAUUGCUUACAAAGGGAAGCUGUUUAAGAGUGCUUUCUUUAAGUCAAUCUUCUAUCAAGGAGUUGCCGGAUUCAAUUGGUAGUCUAAUACAUUUAAGGUAUUUGGACUUGUCUGGUACUGAAAUUGAAGAGUUGCACGAGUCAGCUUGUAGUUUGUACCAUUUACAAACUUUAUUAUUGUCGUGCUGUACAAAGCUUUCUCAAUUACCAAGGAAUAUGGGAAGACUGAUCAAUUUGCGUUACUUAGAUAUUACAUGGGUACCUUUGAAAGAGAUGCCGCAAGGAAUCAGCCAGAUGAAAUACUUGCAAUUCUUACCAAGGGUAUUAUUGAGUGACAAAAAUAAGGAUGAUGUGUUCAAAAUUACAGAUUUAGCAGAGCUUGAACAUCUAAGUGGAAGCCUUUGCAUUUUGGGUUUGGAAAAUAUUAAUGAUGCGACGGAGGCUUCAAAGGCUAAUUUAAAGGAUAAGAAGGACCUUACAGCACUAACUUUGAGCUGGAGUUAUGGUGCUGCUGAUGCUGAUAGUUCGCAAAAAGAAUUAGAUGUGCUUGACGCCCUUCGACCACAUACAAGCUUGAAGAGUCUGAAGAUUGAAAGAUAUAGAGGUACAACAUUCUCGAACUGGAUUGCAGAUGAUGCAUUUUCUAAUUUAGUAUCGAUUACUUUGCUAAAUUGUAAAAGCUGCUGUUAUUUACCACCACUUGGACAACUAGCUUCUCUCAAAGAUCUCAGAAUUGAUGGAUGUGAUAGUGUGUAUUCAAUAGGUGAUGGGAUCGAUAGCAGUUGUCCUCUAUUCACUUGUUUAGAAAGUUUACGUAUUUCGAAUAUGUUGAUGUGGAAAGAAUGGUCAUUUGGUACCGAAGCUUUUCUUCAAGAAGGUCAAGUGUUCCCUCUUCUAAAACGAGUUUGGCUGAGGAAUUGUCCCAAGCUUAAUGUUGGCUUACCCGGAUAUCUUCCAUCAUUAGAAAGACUCAGUAUCGGUGAUUGUGAAGAAGUGGAGUAUUUGCUUCCGAGAACUCAACAGACUGUCACAGCCCCACCCUUUCUUCAUCUAUGGAACACAAAUGAAGUAUUUAUAUGGAACUGUCCUGUGUUGGAGUCACUUCUAGAUUGGGGAUCACACUCCAAAGUAAAGGAACUUUCUCUAUCGAACACAAAAGUGCUUUUUGAGAAUCGUAUUAAAUGGGAUCUACAGAAACUCUCAUGUUUGGAACACAUAAGGAUCCAAGGAUGGGAAGAUGAUUCCUUUCCCGACGAAGGGCUCCUUCCGAUCACUCUUGAGACAAUUGUGAUCGGAGAUUCUAGCAAACUUGAGACCCUAAAUGGAAAGGCUUUUGAACAACUAACAUCCCUUACUGAUUUAUCGAUUAGAAGCUGUAAAAGCCUCCGGUGCUUGCCAGAAGAAGGGCUACCUACCUCUCUUACUGAUUUAUCAAUCAGUGGAUGUCCUUUGCUAAAUCAACGAUGUGAAAAAGGAGGAGAAGAUUGGCCUAAGAUUCAACACAUCACAAAUCUAUCUGUCAAAUGAUCAAUGGGUCGGAUGAGUUGAAGGAAUGGACUACUGUAUAUCGAAUGGUUGUAAAUUUGAUGAUUUGGCGGAGUAUCUUUGUGCCACGUUGUGGUUGUAAGAAAGCCACACUUGUGGUUUUAUAUGGAUAAUUUUAAGAUGUUAUGGCAUCAGAUUCAAGAGUGUUGAACUGAAAACGGUGCUCCAAUGACACAAUUCCACGAAAUGAUUAGGAGAUUAAUCAAAAUGGCAAAACUAAUGAGAUGCUCAAGUGUACUUGGAGUCUGCUACUUCUUCUUUGAAAGUGACUCUAAACUAUCUACUUCCCCCGUCCUGCUUUGGAAUAUUUCAUCUUGCAUUGUGGAAGAUUGCUCGAAUCUUCAGUCGCUUUGCUGCCCUCAAUGUCAUCAAAUGGGCAGCUGCUUCUGUUUUUAAUGAACUUGAAGAGUGGUGUGAAUUAAUGCCUUAGUUUAUUUUCUUCUUUUUGUGGAUGAAAUGUACUUUCAUUGUUUGCUCUAUUUUUCUAUACUUGGAAAUUCUUAUAUAUGUGACACCUCACUGACUUAAAAAUAUUUGGCACUGAGAUUUGUUUUUAA